CUCUCUCUCUCUCUCAUCUAGAUUUAUCUUUUUCUCUCUCUAAAAUCUGAAUCUAUGAACCCUUAUACUCUGUUGCAUAUUAUUUACAUCCUGAAAUAUAUUUAGCUUAUUGGAAUCGUUACCUUGGAUCUGAUUUCCAUUUUUAUAUUAGAUCUAUGUGCAGAAUCCUGAAUAAUUGCGCUUUUUCUUUUGGGGGAAAUUUACAUUUCUGGGAAUUUUAAAAUUUGAAGCAUUAAUUCGAUUCUUUGGUUUCUGGGUAUUGAUUUGUCUACUUUCCUACAUAUGGUUAUUUGGAUCAUUCCACCUUGUGUUUGAUUUCUCAGUUUGGAGAUUUCUGAUUUGUUUUUAGCUUGCAAUUUUGUCUUUUUUGGCGGUUAUAGUUGCAUGAUCUCUGUGGGUUUUCAGAAAAACUCAUCAGAAUUUUGCAACGCCAAUAAUGUACUGGUUUGAAUUGGAGCAUCCGUUUGAUGCUGCUCUUUCUGGGUGUGGGUCUGCUCUGGUUGUUUGGAUCCGGUCACCAAUAGCUUUGAUUUCAGAUUUUAAAGCCUUUGCCGUGUUUGUCUGUUUGUUGGCGGUCAUUUGUGUUUAUCAAAUUAUGAAAAUAAAAAUAAAAAUAAAAAACAUGUUUGGUAAUGAUUUCAAGUUAUAUACUAAAUAUGCUUUAUUAUAUCCUAAAUAUGUUUUUUAAUAUCUCAUACAACAGAAUAUAAAUCGAAAAAUUCCUAACCCAACACAUCCACAAAUUCAUCAAAGAACACCUAAAAAAAAUUACCGGAUUUCAUAAGUCAUUAAUCACAUUUAUACAUCAUAUUAUUCUACAUACAACCAAAUACUCACAUUAAUAAGUCAUAACACUCGCAUACAAUCAGGCAUAGGCACAAAACACACACUCGGUCACAUACUCAACACACAUAGACAAAAUACAGAGACUCAAAAAUUUCAAAUUUUUCAUAACAACCAAGCUAUAUUAUUUUGCGAACGCUAAUAAACACAACAGCUACCUUGUGAUAAUGUGUUCUCACAAACUGGGCAACCUACCCAUGUUAACAACAUUAAAAACAGUAAAUAUUCCCAAAAUUUUGAGUCCCUAAUUCAUUAAAAAAAAAAAAAAAGAAGCAGUAUAGAAAGAGAGUAAAUAGCCCCCAGAAUUUGAUAUUGGCUCUUUUGCUCGGAGAAAAAGAGCACAAAAGCAUAUCAUAACAAUAAGGGCAAGACACACAACACACACUCUAACGCACAGAGUAUCUCAUACCCAUACCAACACAUCGACGCACAUACCCACAAAUCAAGACACAUAAGCGCGCACACACAUACAAAACACAGAUCUGAGCUAGAUCUAUGUAUAUUUAUGCAUAUAUAUACAUAUCUAUGUAUAUAUAUGCAUAUAUAGGUUUUUAUAUACAUACCUUCACAACAACCUGUCAACUCAAUACAAACGAUUCCGUUGAAGAAGGCAGCAACCAAGAUCGAUUCGUUCAAGCGGGCAGCAAGAUGGAAUGGAGCUUGGAUUCGUCUUCUAGAACACCCAGACACCCAUCGUCUUCGUUUGUAUACAGAGAGAGAGAGAGAGAGGGAGAGAGAAGUUUUAUACUUCCAGAAAAAAAUAACACAUUUUGUUGGUAACGAGGGUCGAAUCAGAGACCUCAUUAAAACCUUUCAGCUGGACUUUGUGCAUGUUUCGUGUUUUGGGUAUUUCCUGGAACACAAUUUUUUUGUUCUCAUUUUUUUUGGCUUGUUUCCAAGACAACUAAAAUGAAACAAAAAAUAAAAACAAUUACCAAAAAUAUUUUUGUUUUCAAUUUUGGCAAAAAUUGAAAACAAAAACACAAAACAAGAGAUAAAAACAACAAACAAACAGGCCUUUAAUGUUUGUUUUCCUUGAUCUGUAGUUUUGAUGGAUGACGACGGAUUGAAUAUGCGGAAUUGGGGUUAUUAUGAACGUUCUUUUAAAAGGCAUCUUGGUCUGCAGCUCAUGUCAUCUGUGAUAGAGCGCAAUACAAAAUCUUUAUUAGCAGGGUGCGAAAAUGCUGUUUAUGAACCUUCUGGAUCUCGUCCCAUUCAUAUGCUACAGCAGCCCGAUACAUCAAAGGAUGCUAGGGUUGCGGUGGAGGAUCCAAUUGUUAGGAAAGAAGCUGACACUGGGAAGAAAAGGGCAGGUGCUGCCACUCUGAAAACCCCUAAACCGAAGAAGACAAAGAAAGGCCCUUCUUUGUCCAAGGACAAUGGGAACUCCUCCGUUCAGCAUGUGAAACCUGCGAAGAAGAAUAUGGAAGUUGUAAUAAAUGGGAUUGAUAUGGACAUUUCAGGUUUCCCAUACCAGUUUGUUCGUGCACUGGAACUCCUCAGCAGUGUUAUCGAUGGGGCUGUGGGGGAUGGCAAUCAGCCUGUUGCACCACAACCUGAUCAAUGUAUCCCUUGCCAAUGA